GCCCACCGAAGCCUGACGCAACCCUGGCGGAAGCAGCCUCGGCGGGCUGGGCGACCCGAGCGCGGGGCGGACUUUUAAAGAGACCUUCUCCGCUGGGGCUGUUUGGCCCGCGGGAACUGCUGACAGUGGGGGCUGGGUAGCCUCAGGAGUCGGGAUCGAGAAGGUAGAGGACAAGCAGGCAUCCUGCCACCUUCCUACCCCGUCGGAGUGCUCCGCCAUGGCCAGAUCUCCCGCGCCCGCUUCAGUGAUUGUCCCAAACUGGCACGAGAGUGCCGAAGGCAAGGAGUACCUGGUCUGCAUCCUGCGCAAGAACCGCCGGCGGGUGUUCGGGCUACUUGAGCGGCCAGUGCUGCCCCCACCUGUGGCCAUAGACACUGCCAGCUACAAGAUCUUUGUGUCUGGGAAGAGUGGUGUGGGCAAGACAGCAAUGGUGGCCAAGCUGGCUGGCCUGGAGGUGCCUGUGGUGCACCAUGAGACCACUGGCAUCCAGACCACCGUGGUAUUUUGGCCGGCCAAGCUGCGGGCCAACGACUGUGUCAUCAUGUUCCGCUUUGAGUUCUGGGACUGUGGGGAGUCUGCACUCAAAAAGUUCAAUCACAUGCUCCCGGCUUGCAAGGAGAACGCGGAUGCCUUCCUCUUCCUCUUCUCUUUCACCGACCGUGCGUCCUUCGAAGACCUCCCUGGGCAGCUGGCCCGCGUAGCCGGUGAGGCCCCUGGUGUUGUCAGGAUGGUCAUUGGCACCAAAUUUGACCAGUACAUGCACACAGAUGUGCCAGAGCGUGACCUCACGGCCUUCCGGCAGGCCUGGGAGCUGCCCCUGCUGCGGGUGAAGAGUGUGCCAGGGCGGCGGCUGGCUGAUGGGCGCACACUGGAUGGGCGGGCUGGGCUGGCUGAUGUUGCUCAUGUGCUCAAUGGCCUUGCUGAGCAACUAUGGCACCAGGACCAAGUGGCAGCUGGCCUGCUGCCCAACCCUCCAGAGAAUGCCCCUAGGUGAAGAGUGGUGGCAUCAUGAGUGAGCCCCACUGUCAAUCCUCAGGUGACUCAGGAUGAAGGGCAGGGCCUAGGGCCUAAGGCUGGUGCAGAAAUAUUGACCCCAUGCUGAGGACUGGCCAGAGGAGGCUAUGGCCUAAGAAGACUCUGGCCCCAGCAAUGCUUUCCUUGCAGAAUUCUUGGCAGUGAGGUGGGGGCACAGCCCCCAGGGCAGGGGUCUCCUUUCUUCCUGCUGCCUUUUCACCUUCAUCAGCACCGUGGAGGGUACCUAGGGAGCUGGGUGCCUCAGCAGGCCUCUGGUCCUCUAGCAGCUUCAGUCCAGGCCCUGAAUUAGUUGAGGUGAAACCACCUGCUGUAACAGAUAAACCUGAAAUUCACAGAAAUGUUUUUCUUGCUCAGGUCUCAUCUCAGGAGGAAGUAAGGGUGGGUGAGGGGCUUUGCUGCAAGCACUCAUGCAGAGACCCAGGUUGCCUUGGGGCAUCAGUGUCCAGUCAACAGACUGGGACAAGGGGAAGUGGGAAGUCACCUGGGAUGUCUUUGUGCACCAGGCCUGGGGUGGGGGCGCCUCAUUUCUGCUCAUAUCCCAAAGGCCACCCAGCACCAGCCACAUGGUCACAUGGAGCUGUGGGGAGGCUGGGAAAUAGUGUGCCUGUGGAUCUGGGAGGCAAAGCCUUCCCUCUGCCAGGCCUUGCCAGGUCAUGAAGCUGUCAGGUCUGGCUUAGGAUAGGGACCUUGCCAGCCCAGGGAUCAGAAAGCAACACCGGGGGCAGCGCCUAUGGCUCAGUCGGUAAGGCGCCGGCCCCAUAUACCGAGGGUGGUGGGUUCAAACCCAGCCCCGGCCAAACUGCAACCAAAAAAUAGCCGGGUGUUAUGGCGGGCGCCUGUAUUCCCAGCUACUCGGGAGGCUGAGGGAAGAGAAUCGCUUCAGCCCAGGAGUUGGAGGUUGCUGUGAGCUGUGUGAGGCCACGGCACUCUACCAAGGGCCAUAAAGUGAGACUCUGUCUCUACAAAAAAAAAAAAAAAGAAAGCAACACUGGGAAGCUAGGAGAGGAGCCAGCAGGUGAGUGAGCAGUCCCAGCCUGGGUCUGGCCUGCACAGGGGGACUCAGUGGAGACACUGGUGCAAGAGGCCAGUGGUGUAUGGGUGAGGGCACCUCUGCACUCUCACCCUCACACUCUCCUUGGCCCUAUAGAUGGAUCCCUGGGCUGAACCCUGGCCUGAGUCUGACCCCAAGCAUAGUGACCCCAAGGCCAGGUGACCCAAGCUGGCCCAGCUGCUCUACACGGCCCGCACCCCACAGGGUGAUCACCAGCUCACACACGCCAGCACCAGCACUGCAUAGCACGCAGAGGCUCACCUUCUUCAUUCCCAUGGCGCCAUGUCACCUGUCGUGACAUCCAAACACCAGUUUGUCCACCCUGGGCACUGCCCCCAGGUUUAUCAACCAUUCCAAGAUCUGGGCCAGGAGCAGGAUUGAUUUCAGCUCUUCCUCACUUCCAACCCAGGCUCAGAGUUUAUCCUGUAUCCCAAGAAGGAAGGGCCGGGCGCAGGACCUUUGCCUCAGGGUCUGCAGGCUGCUCCUGCUCUCAGGCCUUCCCGCUGCAGCCCUCAGGCCUGCUUCCAACCACAACUGUCCAGAGGUUCCCCUCAUCCUUAACUCUAGUGGAUCUUGCCUUACCUGGGCAGCCACAAUGCAGGGGAAGGCUUGGCAAAUGCAUCCUGGCCCGGCUGCAAACCUGUGGCUACAGGUGCUUGUGUUUUGAGCACCAGCUACCUCACAUCCCAGCCACUGGGAAGGAGGCUUCCCAUUCUUGGCACCAGCUCAGCCAAGAGCCCAAAAGCUACUUUGGAG